CAUAGUUGCAAGAAGAUGGUUUAAAGAAGAGUUCCAAGAAGACCAGUUAAAGAAUGAAUAUAUAUUCAGUAGUAAUUGCGUUAGAACACAUGAAAAACCAAAACCAUUUGUAGAAACAUUUGGUGAAGGUUCAAGAAGAUUCUUGAAAAUAAAUCCACCAGCAAUUAUAAAAGAUAAAAGAAAAAAUUCUGGCUAUAUUACAGCUUUUGAUAAAUUUAGGAAGAUCACAAAUUUUGUAAAUGAAGAUAAAAAGAAAUAUCAAUUAUUAGAUAACACACUUGAAGAGGUUUAUUUAAAAUUAACAAAUGAGAAGAGAAAUGAGAAAGAUGAUAAUGAUAAUGUGAUCAAAAAUCCAUUGAAAAUCAAAAAAAAAAAUGAUAAUAAUGAAAAAAAAUAA